AAGGAGGGAUGGAUGUGAAAUUUGUCACUGUUUUGGUUCUUCUAGCAGUCACGGUUAGUCAGACGUCUGAGACUUUGUUUCCUGGGGCCUUUAACUGCUGCAUGAAAAUUUCAGAUGACAUUCCCAAAGGAAUUCUCAGAAGAGUGGAGAGAUUUGAAAUCCAGAAAGCUCAUGGCCUGUGUCACCUAGAGGCUGUUAUUCUCCACAUGAAAGGCAAAAAGUUCUGUGUGAAUCCAUGGAAUAGAAAAAUCAAAAAGAUGAUGAAGAAGAUAAAGCACAAGAUUCACAGGAACAAAUCUCAUGUUAGAAAGCAGAGAAGAACCAGAACUACCAAACAGAAAGAACAGAAGCAGUAGUAAAAUGAAGCAAGACCCACGAUGAAGAUACUGUGGCAUACGGCACUAGGGGAAGGAUAUCAGAUUUCACUACUGAUGGAUGAUUGCAGCAUUAAAAUUACUUUUCAAAUCUCCAUGUGCUAGAGAAAGCAGAGGCAGAAAACAUCACCUAUACUCAGAAAGAUGCUGAUCUGAUUAUCAGACAAAUGACAAUAUGUUCCUGGUAAUGUCUUGUAGCAAGUGCUCACUGUACCUCCUGGAUUUUUUGGCAGACAUAAAUCUUCCUCUCUCUCAUCCUGCUUUUACGGCAACAUCCCCUGUGAUUUCUGUUUUAACAUGCUGUUUCUUCUCAUUCCUCCAUUUUCCCCCGUCCUAUCCUUGGUCCUUCUUCUUCCCUGUCUGCAAUCAUCUUUCUGCUGUUGCCUGUUUUGUUUACAUUCUUCCAUUCAUUAAUCUUUCUUUUUUCUUCAUCUACUAAGUUUUACAAACACUUUUUCAGAUACUUUCAGCUUAUUUGCCAAAACCAUGUCUUUUAUCUGUUCUAAACAAUCUCUGCUCCCAGCUGUUACCAUCAUGAAAUAUAAUUUCAGUGAUAAUAUCUGAUCCUCUUCAUAAGACUCAAAGUGUGGCACUGAGAGCUAUGCAAUAAAGAUAAUCUCUAUUGCUUUUGUUCA